AUGAUGGAGACGUGAGCUGAUUCAUGUUUAGUUUCCGCUGUUCAGAGAGAGGACAGCAUCGUCUCACCAACAAAAACAGCCGCUAUUUGGGGUAAAGUAAAGCCUCGUAAACUGUCAACCUAUUAAUAGAGCUAGGGAAGAUUUUAAGCUGCAGAAAAAGAGCUUUUCAGUGUGAGCAUGGGCGGCCUCCGUUUGGUGGACAAAAGCUCGAGGGGUUUCAUCAGGAAAUAAGUCGACUUCGUGCACGAGCCAGUUUCAUCUGCUGGACAAUUCAGAAGAAAAACAACACAUUUCUUACCGUUUACUUCUUUAGCGGGAGAGGACAUUAUCACCGGGAUGCGACGGAGCAUCCGGAUGUAAGUACAGCUCAUGUGCACGGGCAGCGACCCUCUCCUCCGGGGCUGGAGAAGAGCCAGCAGCUCGGUCCCCGUCUGGCUCUAGGACAACAGCUGUAUCCUGCGUGUAUGUGUAUAUAUUGUGAUACCUGAGGGGACAUCGUGCUUAUUUUGACCAACAUGACAGAGUCAGACACGGUCUUUUCCACAGCCGGGAUGAUGGGACGUGGGAUCGGGGGCUUGUGGAGGGUCACUGACUUCUGAAUGUCCCGUCUCUGUGUGGAGGGAGGUGAGACCGAGACCAAAACUCGGACUUGUUUCCUGCGUCCACCGUCAUGGAUAAACUCACCGUGAUCUCAGGAUGUCUCUUCCUCGCUGCGGACAUCUUCGCCAUCGCCAGCAUCGCCAAUCCGGACUGGAUCAACACCGGAGAAUCAGCUGGCUCUCUGACUGUCGGCCUGGUCCGACAGUGUCAGACCAUUCACGGCCGGGACCGGACCUGCAUCCCCCCCCAGUUACCCCCAGAAUGGAUCACCACACUUUUCUUCAUCAUCCUAGGCAUCAUCUCCCUCACCAUCACCUGCAGUCUGCUAGUGAUGUCACACUGGCACCGCGAGGCCACCCGAUACGCCCGAUGGAUCGCUUUCACAGGGAUGGUUCUCUUUUGUAUGGCUGCUCUCAUAUUCCCCAUCGGCUUCUACAUCAACGAGGUUGGAGGACAGCCAUACAAGCUCCCCAACAACACAGUGGUGGGCUCCUCCUACGUACUCUUUGUCCUGUCCAUAUUCUUCACCAUAGUAGGACUGCUGUUUGCUGGGAAGGUGUGUCUGCCGGGCUGAAACAACAGGACCAUUGAUGCCAUUUUUCCAAUCCUUUGGGACAGAAGCAACCAGCAUUGUGGGCAGCUUGCUGGUUGUGAUAUCUGACUUCCCACGUGGCAGCUUUGGAAGUGUCAACGGAUGACACUAAAACUGAGAAUCAGCUGUUUGUGUUCCUUUUGGAUGAACUGUCUCAAUGCUCAUAACUGGAGCAUCUGUUCAGAGACUAAGCAGGUGCUAAAAGCUAAAAAAUAGCACUCGUCUUUGCUCUUUCUGAACAAUUUAGUGAAUCUUGUGGUGAACAGAAUGGAGGAGAUGAAAAAUGAGCUUAAUGGAAAUAGAUGGACUUCGAAGGGAGCCCUGCGGUGCUGUAUGUCAUCUCAAGAAUUAAAAAAAGAUAGUAAAACAGUUUUCAUUCAUUCCACUAAAAUGCAAAUUUUGGAUUAAACUUGUUUGUCAGGCCAGAAAAAUUGACAAAAUAUACCAAAUAUUGGCCAGUAAUCUCCAAAACUGUCUGAUGGAGGUUCUUUGAUGACCGUGAUCUCCGAUGAAGGUUCCUUUUCUCAGCACGUUUAUUUAUUUAUGUCACUUUUUUUGUAAAGUCACCUUUAAUUAAAAGGCCUAAUGUACAGUUUUCCCCUGCCAUUAAUACAGGUGAUGUUUCACCUUGCCUUAAAAAGCUGGAAACCUUAAAACAACUCAGAUGUUGUAUGGCUUUUGUGUCAUCGGAUCAACCUUAAAAUGUUACCACUGGAAUAUAAUUACCAGUACAAUGUAAUUGGCAAUCAGCAAGAAUAAGACAUCUAGUGAACCCUUAUCAGUGUGACAGAUUGUACAGUUGUAUUUUUUGGAGCUGUUACAGAAUGAUGAGCUGGUCUCUGAAAAGAACAACUUCAACAGGUUAAAUCUGUUCUUGGUGUCUCUCUUACAGCCUUUAGUGAUGCAGUGAAUGUAUUACUUCACCUUUUGGUCGGGCAUUUCCUGUUUAAACACUGUAUUUAGAAAUCGGAGACUGGUUUGUCCUAUACAGUUAAGACAGAUGCCGAUGCCUACUUCAUCUCUGUACAAAUAAACAGACAGCCAGUCUGUGUCGUUUUGUAGAAGCACUGUGACAUUCUUGAAUGAGCAUGAAUGAACUCAUCUCAUUAAAAAUCAUCACAACACA